GAGGGGAGAGAGAGGGAGAGGGAGAGAGAGAGAGAGAGAGAGAGAGAGAGAGAGAGAAAGGGGCGGGCCGAGGGAGUGAUCGACGGAGGGAGAGACGUGCGUGUCAUCGACACGUAUGGUAUGAACGAGUAGAGAGGGGGGCUACCGGGUCGACUUGUCUAGCGCUCUCUCCUCCUCCACCUCCUCCUCCUCAGCCUACUCCCCCUGCUGCUACUCCUCCUUCUCCUCCUCCUCUCUCUUGCGGCAGCGGCCAUGCUGUCUCGUGGAUGAUUGACGUUGCGUCCAGCGGAACCGGCGGCUCGUGCAGUUGAAGCACUGUGCGGGGGGCAGUUAGGCCCGAGACGAGCGCGUUCCGCCCAUCAACACACCGGGACAUCUCCGCAUCCCUCGUGCGGUGGUUAAGAAGACGACGCACGACCGCUGUGUCUCGUGCCGAAACGGAGUACCGGGAGGAAGGAAGCCUCCCUAGCAACGGACCCGUGCAAAGGCGUUAUUGCACCGGAGACCGUGUGUUGGUAGACCGGAGAGCGAUGGAGCCGCAGCGGGCACGCGCAUCACCGUGCUAAAGACGCCGGUGGAGGGCGUGACGAACCGGCACGAGAGAGACGAGCAGCGGGGCGCGAGACGAAGAAGUAACCGCAGACAUUGAUCGGGAUUUGACAGGAGCAGACCGGGUCUCGAGCCGCGGACGGGAGAGAGAGAGAACAUCUGGUGAGAGCUUUCGGAACAUGUGGAGAGACGCGCUCCCUGGAAGAGGAAAGUAGCGACGCUUCUCGCACGCAGACCCCAUCGUCAUGUCGCUGAACGGUAAGAGCCUCGAGCUGGAGCACUUUGACGAGCGGGACAAGGUGCGACGGGGCCGCUCCACGCGCACCAAGAGAGAUGAGUCGUCCGGCCCGGGGUCUCGAGGCAGCAGCCUGGUCCCGAGCCCCGCGCACAGCGCCAACUGCAGCUACUACCGAACGCGCACCCUGCAGGCGCUCACGUCGGAGAAACGGGCCAAGAAAGUCCGCUUCUACCGGAACGGGGACCGCUACUUCAAGGGUCUCGUUUACGCUGUCUCCAGCGACCGCUUCCGUUCAAUAGACGCCCUGCUCAUGGAGCUCACGCGCUCCCUGGCGGACAACCUGCACCUCCCGCAGGGCGUGCGUACCAUCUACACCGCGGACGGAAGUAAGAAGAUAACGAGCAUGGACGAGCUGAUUGAAGGAGAGUGCUACGUGUGUGCGUCCAACGAGAACCUACAGAAGGUCGACUACACCAAGAUCCUCCUACCCUCAGCCAACCCCGGCGCCGCCGCUGGCGUGGCGGCCAGCGCUCCAGGGGUCCCGCCGCGGUCGGCGGGGGGGGUCUCGGUCUCCCCGGCGCCCGCCCAGGGAGAGAGGGGAGAGAGGGGAGAGAGGGGAGGAGAGGGGAGAGAGGGGAGAGCCGGGAGAGUAAAGACUUCAUCAAGCCCAAGCUUGGUGACCGUCAUUCGCAGCGGGGUUGAACCCGCAAGGCGGGUCCGUAUCCUGCUCAACAAGAAGACGGGCUCACUCCUUAGGCAGGUCCUGGCUGACAUCACCCAGGCCAUCAAACUGGACUCUGGAGCGGUGAAGAGGCUCUACACACUGGACGGGAAACAGGUGACGUGUCUGCAGGAUUUCUUCGGGGAGGACGAUGUGUUCAUGGCGUGCGGACCUGAGAAGUUCCGCUACGCUCAGGACGACUUCGUUCUCACGCACGGCGGCAAACCGGCCCCCCUUCGUCAGUGCUCCUCCCUCCCUUAUCACUCCUCCUUAUGCUCUCUCCUCCCUCUUCCCCUCUCUCCUCUCUCUCUCCUCCCUCUCCCCUCUCUCCUCUCUCUCUCCUCCUCUCUAGUGAACGGUAACCGGAGUCUGGCGUCCUCCAUCAUUGGAGAGAAGUACUGUGUGGGGAAGGUGAUCGGGGACGGGAACUUUGCUGUGGUCAAGGAGUGUGUGGAGAGGUCCACAGGCCAGGAGUACGCCCUGAAGAUCAUAGACAAAGCUCGCUGCAGUGGAAAGGAGCACCUCAUAGAGAAUGAGGUGGCGGUCCUGAGGAGAGUCAGACACCCCAGCAUCAUCCAGCUGAUGGAGGUGGACGACACCCCCACCCACCUCUACCUUGUGAUGGAGUUGGUCAAGGGGGGAGACCUGUUUGAUGCGAUCACCUCCUCCACUAAGUACUCAGAGAGGGACUCCAGUGCCAUGGUGUACAACCUGUCAGGAGCCGUGCAGUACCUGCACCACCUCAACAUCGUGCACCGGGACAUCAAGCCUGAGAACCUGCUGGUUUGUGAGUACCCAGACGGGACCAAGUCUCUGAAGCUGGGGGACUUUGGUCUAGCCACGGUGGUGGAGGGCCCCCUCUUCACCGUGUGUGGGACCCCCACGUACGUGGCCCCCGAGAUCAUCGCAGAGACGGGCUAUGGUCUCAAGGUGGACAUCUGGGCAGAAGGAGUGAUCACCUACAUCCUUCUCUGUGGCUUCCCGCCCUUCCGAAGUGAGAGUAACAUCCAGGAGGAGUUAUUUGAUCAGAUUCUCAAGGGAAAGUUGGAGUAUCCUUCUCCAGACUGGGACAACAUCAGCCUUCCAGCCAAGAUGCUGAUAAGUCAAAUGCUGCAGGUGAACGUGGACGCUCGAUACACUGCUGAGGAGGUGCUGUCCCACCCAUGGGUGACAGAUGAAGGGCCUUCAGACAGUAACGCCGAGGUCAGCUCAGAGAAGGACCAGGACGAAGCAGCUCCAGAAGCAUCGCAAGAACCUCCACAACCUUCUGACCUGGACAACCAAAACGUCCUAGACACGCCCCCCAACACACAAGAACCUUGCCCCGACACGCCUACACCAUAAGACACGCCCCCUGGCCCACCUACACUCUAGGACAUGGCAACAACAAGACAUGCCUCCUAACACGUCCCCCUCCACACCGGAAACAGCACAAUAAGCAACACAAUAAGACAAGCCCCGUGACACACUUACGCACUAAGACACAUACCCUAACACUACUACACACUAACACAGGAUCCCUAACGCACGUACACACUAAGACACACACCCCAACACAUCUACACACUAACACAGGACCCCUAACACACAUACACACUAAGACACACACCCUAACACAUCUACACACUAACACAGGACCCCUAACACACAUACACACUAAGACACACACCCUAACACACCUACACACUAACACAGGACCCCUAACACACCUGCAGUAUACUAGUCCAAAUCACAACUCCUUUCAAACCUGUACUAGUCCUGUCUAUACAUUACGUUAGUCCCUACUAUUCCCACAUGAUACUGGUCCAGGACUAACACAUUUCCAAGACGGACCAAUUUGACUGCCCUAAACCCGUGGCUGGUGCUUGGUCUGAACCAAUGUGUGUGUGAACCCAGGAGCAGAGGAUGUAUCACUGUGACGACAACCACAUCCACAAUGUCUCUCUGCCGGGGUCGCCAUGUCGGGGCCAAGUGCUGCUUACGGCUGCUUGUCCACAAAGACUUUUCACGUGAUCGACCUUCUCAUCAGCCACUGGGAAAUGCAACCCUCCACGCCACAAGGGGGCAGUCUGGUCUCGAGCUACUCCUAGAGCCGUCCAAGUUCCUCAGUAGAUUCUACGUGAAACACGCUGAUGGAUGUAGCCAUCGCGUGUGAAUAAUGUACAUAGUGUUGUGUCUGUCUGUGGCUGUCUGUUUUAACGUGGGAAAAACCCACAGACAUCAAAAAAAUAUUUCAACCCCGACACAUGACAUGUUAGCUUCCUAGUAAAUCCUUGAAUACCUUGAAAAAAAAAGAACAAUAGUAGUAAAAGGAACAAUAGAUCAAUUUCAUAUAUCGGUGUCCCUCCCCAUGUCAUGUGAGCCGGGGUCAUUUACCUUUUCAAAGGACAUGCUCUUAGCAGCAUUAAAACACUGAAAGAAAACAUUCUACACUGAAACGUACGUACUGUAAAGAAAAAACGAGAUUUCAUGUUCUUGUAGGAUUUCCUUUUGCAACAAAUGAAACGUUUAGCGUGAAAGAGUGAGAGGCAUGAUGAGGGAUGGAUCGUCGUUUUCGUAUUAUUGUGUAACAGGAACAAUUGUGUUGAUCUGACCUUGUGUGAUCUGACCUAACCAUGACCUGAACUAUGACCUUAUCAUGGCCUUGUUUGACCUUUGACCCAGGCCGCUGAGGAGAAGGAGGGUUGCUCUAUGCAGUGCCUAUCCUGUCCUCACUGAACACUGUACCUCACAUCAAAGCACCUGUUUCCUGCUCUUCCUACACCCCAGUGUUGGGGUGCGCUACCAGCGAACGCCGCUAGCGUACUCGCCUGUAGCCUAGCGACAGCCUGUGAACUCCUCUCUCCAUCAGUGGCUUGACCCUUGACCCUUGACUUUUUAUGCCUGCUAUGAACUUACUGGUCGUCAAGUCUUGAGUUGUUGCUUUCUACCAAACCGAGAAGAGCCUUCCGUUAAUCCUCGUCGUGCCACGACCACUCCCCGGUCCAACACGCUGACGACUCUGCGCUUACUGGGGUCGGAAGGUGCUCCCUAAGCACCACCACACCUCUACUGCUGCCGUUCGUCUGCACCACCGUCCUCUAGUCUACCGCACUGCCCAAGGACAACCCCUCUGUCCACAAGAGGAACACCACAGACACUACGUUAUAGGACGUCGUAGCGGCUCAUGGUCUGAGGACAGCUAGUUAGUGGAAGUGCCUGCUCUUUAAUCCGACCUGCUCCUGACUCCGGAGCCUCUCCCCGGGAGGUUUGAAUGUUGAAAUGGGUCAGAACCGAAGCGUCUGAGGGGGUGGUCACUGGCUUUAUGUGUGUCUUCUUCAUCCAAAUCAGUGUGUUGUGAGAUGUUAUGUUAGAGAGAGAGCUCUCCCAUCACACCUCAUGUUAGGAGUUAAGUACGUUUAGGAGAACGAGUAUUUCACCAAACCUGGAUGGAGCCUGGAGAUCUUUGUAGACCAUACGGACUCUGUUUGCUAUCUAUGUCAUUCCAUGGGUUUAAAAAAGAAUGGUGAAUCUGACUUUAAAACCAAUCUGCUUUUCUAGCUGUGUUGAUAAGGAAAUAACACGGUAAAUCUGGUUUUAAAACCACUGGUAUUCAGCUUGUGUCAACACGCAACAGUAAAUGUUGUUUUAGGUCAAAGGUCAGCAUUGAACUGCAGCACUCGAGCAGGUCUCAAGACUGAAUGAGUUAUAUUUCAGUAUUUGGUUUGGAGGACAUUGUACCUUCGAACAUGUUUUUUUAAUUAGCCAGGAGAUGAAAGUGUAUUGUAUAGAAUUGGUUCACCACACGUUUGUUGGUGACGGUAGACCUGUAUGGGAGGUAUUCAUGUUGGUCUCUCUGUCCCAUCAGUGUUUAGAGGGUCAGUCCAGGUUUGGUUCAUACCGUUUUAAAGACAUGUUUAAUGAUGAUGAAGAACAUAAAUGUGAUAGAUAUGUGUUAUAAAUUUAACAGGAUGUUGGCUGGAACAGGGUGUGGCAAUUCACAGCAGAAAAAAAACAAAUCAUUCAGUGGAAUCAACAAAAAAUGAAGACAGCUGUGAAACUGAAAAUAAAAAUGCCGUAACAUCUUAA